AUGGCAGUGAUCCGAGCUAAAGUUGUGGGGAAGAAGCUCAUGAAAGAUGGACCAUUUGGAACGAUGCGAUACACAGUCAAGCAGAUGAAGAUGUACAGGGGCUUCCAGAUAAUGCCACAUGUUCAGUACAUCUACACAGAAGCCUCAGAGAGUCUUUGUGGAGUCAAGCUGGAGGUCAACAAGUACCAAUAUCUGAUUACAGGCCGUGUAUAUGAAGGGAAGGUUUAUACUGGCCUGUGCAACUGGUAUGAGAAAUGGGACCGGCUGACUCUGUCCCAGCGUAAAGGACUGAAUCAUCGUUAUCAUUUGGGCUGUGGGUGCAAGAUUAGACCCUGCUACUAUUUGCCCUGCUUUGCCACCUCCAAGAAUGAGUGUAUUUGGACAGACAUGCUCUCCAACUUCGGCCACUCAGGAUACCAAGCGAAGCACUAUGCCUGCAUCCAGAGGGUGGAAGGUUACUGCAGCUGGUAUAGAGGAUGGGCGCCUCCAGAUAAAACAAUAAUCAAUGCCACAGAUCCCUGAGCGCGCUAUCCCUUCCUUAUCUCCCCUCUCCCUUACUUGUGGCUGAUCUUCCUUUGGACACUAACUCUUACCAGAUCAUGAUGAUGACAAUGAAAUUUAGUGCCUGUUUUCAUGCAAAUUUUAGCACUUCGAACACUUAAA